AUGGCUGCUCCAAAGGGUGGGUUCUUCAUCCAAGAUAAGCUGUACAAGAAAGCUCCUCAUCAUGAAAGCUUCAAGCAGCUUUGGGAGACCAAGUGGAAGAAGCCUUGCUCAAUGGGUAUCUACCCUUUCAUGUUCAGUGCCAUUCAGGACUUCGAGCCGAUAGUUGAGAAGCUUGUCGAGAGCGACUUCAAAGAGCCAUACAGCUGGGAUGACUAUGCUCAAGUCUACUUCCCCAAAGCAGAAGAGCUGGUCUCCCAGGCACAAAGAGCCGAGCAAGAAGGGAACAAGGAGAAGGCUUCGGAACUCUAUCUACGUGCGAGUGCGGUUUAUAGGAUUUCCAGAUUUCCAGCUCCCCGGUCCGAAAAACAACGCUACGCCUGGCAGGAAGGUAAGAAAGCAUGUAACAAAGGACUAGGCCUUCGCGAACACCCCGUGCACGAGAUCGAAGUCCCACAUACCCAUGGCAUUGAAGGCGAGGGCAGGGUCAUUCCCAUCUACCAUCUCCUCCCCUCAGAUGCUAGUGAAUCAAAUCCUGCUGCUGUAGUCCUCAUUAUGACCGGUCUGGACGGCUACCGCACCGAACUCGCCGUAUGGAUGGAAGGAUGGCGUCAGAACGGCAUUGGCAGCAUCGUUGUCGAGAUCCCCGGUACUGGUGAUUCACCCGCCCUAGCCUCUGAUCCAACCUCUCCAGACCGACAAUGGAGUAGUCUUCUCGAUUGGAUAGAUACCCAACCCGCGAUCGCCAAAGGUAAAGCUUGCGUCUGGGCCUUUUCGACGGGAGGGUACUAUGCUAUUCGACUUGCUCACACACAUCCUACUCGUUUGGCUGGUGUAGUUGCACUAGGUGGAGGUGUGCAUCACAUGUUCGACGAAGAAUGGCUCAACAACGUCAACAACCUCGAAUACCCCUUCGAUCUCGCCACAACCCUCUGCUAUAAAUACGGCUAUGGCGACGACUUUGAAAAGUUCAAAAAGGAAGCCAAGAAAUUUUCUCUGCUCGAAGAUGGCACGUUGGAUAAACCUGAGUGUGCGAGAUUACUCCUCGUCAAUGGUACUGAGGAUGAGAUAUUCCCGAUUGAUGAUUAUUACCUUUGUUUGUUGCAUGGAGCCCCCAAAGAGGCGAGGUUUGUACAAGGGAUUAAGCAUAUGGGUGAGCCGGAAAGCUUUUUUAUUAUCCUCAAGUGGAUUUACAAGUUGUUUGGGAUCAAGGCCAAUCCGGUGGACCAGAUGAAAACUAUCCCUUUCAAGCCGAAGUAUUAG